CUUGUUAUGAGAUUAGUUUUCUGAAAUAAUUGGAGACAAGAAAAAAGAAGUGAUCUUCUAUGCUAAUUUUCCUCCCAAAUUAUAUAUAUUUUUUUGAAAGAAAAUAGGCUUAAGGAUCUGUCUUUUCCUGAUCUUCAUUUCCAACUAGAAAUAACCAAUGUAUAAUUUUUUUCCUUCCUUUUUUUUUCCUUGACUUUACUCAGUAACUACUAACUAGGCGUAACUCGAGAAUGUGGAAAGAAAACUGCAUUUUGCAUCCUAGCCCACAUGCAAAGUUUUGCAUCAGACUAAGGUAAUUUUUUGCAAUUUCGUUAUACGUGAGGGUGUUUUUUUGCUACCGUACAGAUACUCUAAGAGAAAUAAGGAGGCGACUGAGAUGGUGGUCGGUCGGAGACAAUGAUCGGAAAUGUUAGCAGGCUUCACACGAUAAAUCGCUCCUCUUUAGUAUGUUCCUUAAAAUUCAAAUCGUCGUUUCACAACCUGACCACCACCACGCCUCCUUCACCGCCGCCGCUGGAAGAAGAUGAUGCCGCCGGCCUUUGCAACCUCAUCCUAAAGUUAGACCUACAAACCCUAAGUCAAAAUCUUGAAACCAACUCUGUCUGCUGGACACCGGACCUGGUAAACAAAAUCCUGAAACGCCUCUGGAACCAUGGCCCCAAAGCACUUGAAUUCUUCAGGCUCCUCGAACGCCAUCCCAUCUACACCCACUCCACUACCUCAUUUGACCACGCCAUCGACAUUGCCGCCCGAUUACGCGACUACAAGACCGUCUGGACGCUCGUCGCCCGUAUGCGGAAACGAAGGCUCGGUCCGAACCCGAAAACAUUCGCGAUCAUAACCGAGCGGUUCGUAUCCGCUGGAAAACCCGACAAAGCCGUAAGAGUUUUCUUGUCGAUGCACGAACAUGGCUGCCAACAAGACUUGAAUAGCUUCAAUACAUUUCUUGAUGUAUUAUGCAAGUCUAAACGAGCUGAAAUGGCCUAUAACCUGUUUAAGGUUUUAAAGAGAAGAUUCAAAGCAGAUACAAUCAGUUACAACAUCAUUGCGAAUGGUUUUUGUUUGAUUAAGCGAACGCCUAGAGCAUUGGAAGUGUUGAGGGAGAUGGUGGAGAGUGGUCUCGAGCCAACUCUCAAGACGUAUAACAUAAUCCUUAAUGGGUAUUUCAAGGCGGGUCAGAUUAAAGAAGCUUGGCAGUUCUUCUUGGAGAUGAAACGGCGAAAAUGUGUGAUGGAUGUUGUUACGUACACAACAAUGGUUCACGGCUUUGGAGUUUCAGGUGAGAUCCAAAAGGCACGCCAGGUGUUUGAUGAAAUGCUUGAAACAGGGAUUCUUCCCUCUGUUGCUACAUACACCGCAUUCAUUCAAGUUCUCUGCAAGAAAGACACUGUGGAAAACGCCAUUGUAGUGUUUGAAGAGAUGUUAAAGAAGGGCUAUACACCUAAUUCAACAACUUACAGUGUACUCAUCAGAGGAUUAUGUCAUGUUGGAAAGAUGGACAAGGCAAUGGAGUAUCUGGACAGAAUGAAACAAGAUGAAUGUGAACCAAAUGUUCAAAUUUUCAAUGUGAUCAUUAGGUAUUAUUGUGAUGAAGGUGAAAUCGAAAAGAGUUUGGAAGUUUUUGAGAGAAUGGGUAGUGGUGAAUGUUUGCCUAAUUUGGAUACAUACAAUAUUUUGAUUAGUGCAAUGUUUGUGAGGAAGAGAUCAGAUGAUUUAAUGGUGGCAGGGAAACUGUUGAUAGAAAUGGUGGACAGAGGUUUUGUUCCUAGAAAAUUUACCUUCAAUCGAAUCUUGAAUGGGCUUUUGCUUACUGGAAAUCAAGAUUUUGCUCAAGAGAUACUUAGAGCACAGAGUAAAUGUGGUCGUCUCCCUCGUCAUUUCAGAUUAUGAUAACAAGUUUUUUUGUGUAUCAAGAAAAAAGUAAGUCAAUGUUCCUUUUUUUACAUCAAUGAAUUAACAAACAAAUAUAUAUCAUACAAACAUGAUCCAUUCUAACAAAUAAAACAUGUGCCUUGAAUCUUGAUGGAUCAAUGACUAAUUAUUUAUGAGUGGUUUUGUGGUAUUUGUCUUUAAUCCAAUGAAAUCCAAGUGUUGUUCCAUUUUUAACCUUCUUCAUCCCCGUUGUUGCUACUGCUUUUGACUUGUCAAACCCUUCUCCUACCUUACUCUUAAAGCUGUUGCCACUUCCAUGGUUGCUCUUGCUUCCUGGAUAACCAUUGUAGUAUUCUGGUUCUGGGUCCCACUGGUCUGCCCAUGAGUUAUAGCUGUUGUCUAGUGCCAUUUUCUUUGCUUGAUCUUUACAAUCAAAUCUUUGUAUAUCAAUCCUUAAUUUCCUGAGAAGAAGCUGAAUUAAGACGAACAAAUAGAAGUAAUGUUGAAUUAAUGGAGAUUAAUGUAGAUUGUUGGUGUUUAUAUAGAGAGAUAUUGGUUUGGAGGGUAUAAAUGUAAUUUGAAUGUAGAAUUUCAACUUUGGGUGCUGUAUCUUUCUUUAUUGUUUGUUUUGUUUGUUGGAUGACUGGUAUUUGAGGUCAAAGAUGAUGACCUUUUUAAAUUGACUAUAUUUUCCUUGA